AGAUAUGAAUAAUUGAAUCAUACACUUGCACACCAUCCUUGCGGCGGCCCAUCAACUUUGACAACUACAUCUCUAUAAAUUUUGCCUUCAUUCUAAUCAAAACGAUCUUGGAAUUACACAAAAAUUAAUGGCGAGAAGUUGUUUUCUCUUUAGCAUUGCAGCUUUAUCACUUCACAUUUUCUUCUCUUGCUCAGCUUCUGCAGCAACACUCGAUAUCAGCUCCGAUCGAGAUGCUCUUCUUGCACUCAAACAGCAUAUCACUCUCGACCCUCUCAAUUAUUUGGCUACCAACUGGUCAACCAAUACUUCUGUAUGCAGCUGGAUUGGCGUCUCCUGUGGCCUCACUGCCAACUCCAGGGUCACAGCUCUGAAUCUCUCUCUCAUGGGUCUUACAGGUUCUAUCCCUCCACAAAUAGGGAACCUUUCUUUCCUUUCCGAGAUAACUCUCGCCAACAAUAGUUUCCAUGGCCCUCUGCCGACGGAGCUGGUUCAUCUUCCUCGACUGAGAUACAUCAACUUCGCAUCAAACAACUUCAACCAAGAGAUCCCAUCAUGGCUCGGCUCAUUGCCAAUACUUGAAGAAUUAUAUCUGGAUGACAACAGAUUCUUAGGCACCAUUCCACCUUCCUUGUUCAACAUUUCGACGCUGAAAAAUUUGCAGAUAAUGAACAAUAAUCUACAAGGAAAUAUUUCUGAGGAAAUUGGCAAUUUAGUCAACCUGGAGACGCUCAACUUGAAUGGAAACAAGAAGAUUUCAGGUUCAUUGCCAUGGACCAUUUUCAACAUUUCUUCUUUGAAAACUAUCGAUCUGGCGAACAAUGUGAUAUCUGGUAGUCUCCCAGAUGAUAUGUGCAAAAAUCUUCCAAAUCUUCAGAGACUGAUUGUUCAUCACAAUAAGCUGGUUGGCCAGAUUCCUUCAAGUAUAGGGCAAUGUAGCGAGCUGCUUCGUCUGUAUCUGAAUAGUAACUAUUUCACAGGAAAUAUCCCAAGAAGUCUUGGAAAUUUGACACGGGUUCAGGAGCUUUAUUUGGGCUUCAAUAAUUUGACAGGAGAAAUACCAGAGGAACUUGGUUCUCUUCUCUUGGUUGAGCAGCUUGUGUUGCGUGACAAUUACCUCUCAGGAUUAAUUCCGAAAAGUCUAUUUAAUUGUACUUCGUUGCUCCUCUUAUCUCUCGGUGCAAAUGAUUACUUAUCAGGUCCAAUACCAAGUGAGAUUGGUAAACUCACCAAACUUUAUUCCUUCGUAGUCCGCUAUAAUAACUUUUCAGGCACCAUCCCAUCUUCUUUAUUCAAUAUAACAAGUGUACGAUUCCUGCUGUUAAAUGUAAAUCGCUUCUCAGGCGAACUUCCGUCGAACUUUGGCGACGCUGCUAAUCUGGAGGAAAUUUAUGUUACUAGGAAUCGGCUUAGUGGACCACUUCCUGCAUCCUUUUCUAAUGCUUCCAAGCUCAACAUAGCUGAAAUGAGCUCAAACUCCUUGUCUGGACCUAUUCCUACCACUCUUGGUAACUUGAGGAAUCUGCGACGCCUCAAUCUAGCCUUAAAUAGUUUCACUGGUGAAUCUUCAACUCCUGAAUUGAGGUUUCUCUCUUCUUUGGCAAACUGCAAAGGAUUAACGAGACUAGUUUUAUUAGGCAAUCCACUUAAUGGCACUCUUCCUACUUCUAUUGGUAAUUUCUCUGCUUUACGAUAUUUCAAUGUGGAAAGUUGUAAAAUCAAAGGUAGCAUACCAAGAGAAAUUGGUCAUAUGAGCAACCUCACAACCUUGCUUCUGCUAAACAAUGAAUUGGUGGGAUCUCUUCCAGCUACAAUUGGUAGAUUGCAGAAGCUCCAAGUUUUAUAUGCUCAAAGGAAUAAGUUGAAUGGUUCAUUGCCAAAUGAUAUUUGCCAACUGAGUAGCUUGGGGGAAUUGCUUCUGAGUCGAAACAACCUUUCUGGUACUCUACCAGCUUGCCUUGGUGAUAUUAGUACUCUAAGAUCUCUGCAGUUAGAUUCCAACAAUUUUAUUUCAACAAUACCCUCUACCUUGUGGAACCUAAAAGAUAUCUUGAUUUUGACAUUGUCAUCAAAUUCACUUAGUGGCCACCUGUCACUAAGUAUUGGAAAUUUGAAGGUUGUUACACAAGUAGACUUAUCAAGUAAUCACUUAUCCGGUACCAUCCCAGAUUCCCUUGGAGGCCUCCAGAGCCUGGCGAAACUCUCCUUAAGACACAACAAUUUUGAAGGUGCUAUUCCCAAAUCAUUUGGAAACUUGAUAAGCCUGGAAUCAUUGGAUUUGUCCAAUAACAGCUUGUCAGGGACAAUCCCCAAGUCCCUAGAGGGAGUCAAGUAUCUCAAAUAUCUAAACCUGUCUUUCAACAAAUUGGAAGGAGAAGUUCCCACAGCAGGAACUUUCGUAAACUUUUCAGCUCUGUCAUUUUUGGGAAAUGAUGCACUCUGUGGUUCUCCCUUGUUGCAAUUGACACCAUGCAAAAUAAGUUCUCAGGGAAAAUCCAAAACUGCCUCCAAGAAAGUGCUUCUAUAUAUUCUUCCUGCUAUCAUAUUGACAAUAAUUGUCAUACUUGUCUCACUAAGAUUUAGGAAGGCAAAAACUAACUUGGAAACUGCGGCUGAUCCAGAUCCUGUGAUUGUGGCAACAUGGAAAAGAAUAUCCUUCCACGAACUUAAAAAAGCUACAAAUGGAUUUUGUGAUAGCAACAUACUUGGUACAGGGGGUUCUGGAACUGUAUACAAAGGAAUACUUGCAGAUGGGAUAGAUGUUGCUAUAAAGGUUUUCAAUUUGCAACGAGAAGGAGCAUUCAAGAGUUUUGAUGCAGAAUGUGAGGUAAUGAGCAAUAUCCGCCAUCGAAAUCUUGUCAAAAUUAUAAGUUGUUGCUCUAACCAUGACUUCAAAGCAUUGGUAUUGGAUUACAUGCCAAAUGGGAGCUUGGAGAAUCUGUUGUACUCCCAUAACUAUUUUUUGGAUAUCCAUCAAAGGCUAGACAUAAUGAUAGAUGUUGCAUCAGCAUUGGAAUAUCUUCAUCAUGGCUUCUCUAGACCUAUUAUUCAUUGUGAUUUGAAGCCUAGCAAUGUCCUGCUAGAUGCAAAUAUGGUUGCUCAUGUAGCUGAUUUUGGCAUCGCCAAGCUCUUGGGUGAAGGAGAUUUUAUGACACAGACAAGAACAUUGGCCACUAUUGGGUAUAUGGCACCUGAGUAUGGAUCGGAAGGUAUUGUUUCAACAAAAGGAGAUGUUUAUAGCUUUGGAAUACUGUUGAUGGAAACAUUUACGAGAAAGAAGCCCACAGAUGACAUGUUUGGUGGAGGAAUGAGCUUGAAACAAAAUAUACAAGUAGCAUUACCUGAUGCAGUAGCUGAAGUAGCAGAUGCUAAUUUGCUGACAGAGGAAGAAAAAUUUCCAGAUAAGAAAGACUGUAUAUCAUCCAUUUUGGGAUUGGCCGUGGAAUGCUGUGUUGGAGUUCCUGAUGAGAGAAUUGGCAUAACCCAAGUGCUGUCUACACUCAUUAGCAUCAGAACUCAAUUUCCAGCGGGUUUACCAAGGGUUUGUGCCGCUAAAAUGUGUGUGGCUUCGACUAGAGAGCCGUAUUUUGAGAUACCAAUCAAGCAUUUUCAAGGUAAGCCACACCGAUUCCCGUUUAGCUCUGUUCUGGCUGUUGUUGUGUCUCUGUGUUUUGUUUCUUGUGGCUUUUGUGAUGAGCUUGCUUUGGUAUCUGUGCCUCUUGGUUUUGAGAUUUCUGGGUUUGAUAGAACUAGGACUUGGGUGUCUCAAAAUGGGGUCUUUGCAUUUGGAUUCUUGGAGUGUUGUCAGAAAGAUGAUGAUGGAUUUCUUGUGGGUGUCAGGUAUAAUUUAGGCGAUAAAACUGUAAAUAUGCCUGUAUGGGCUAUUGGUGGUGGACUUAGAGUGUCUAUGAACUCUACAAUCAGGCUUUCCAUGGAUGGGGGACUGAUUUUGUUUGAAAAUCCCAGUGGUUUAAUUGUUUGGAGUAGUAGUACUUCUAAUUUAGGUGUUAAAAAGGCUACUCUUUUAGAUAAUGGGAACUUAGUUCUUGUGGGUAAUGGAGAUAGAGUGCUGUGGGAAAGUUUUCAUAGCCCAACAAGCACUCUCCUUCCUGGCCAGACUCUGCAUUUUCCACAAACACUGAGAGCUCCUUCAAUGAAUUCAAUUUCUAGCUACUAUACCUUUGUGAUUCAGCGCUCUGGAGAGCUUGCCCUUGUGUGGGAGAACAAUGUGACAUAUUGGAGGACUCAUUUAAGCUUCUCUAGCAAUAUUAUGGAAGCAAGAUUUGAUGCUGAUGGAUUUUUGGGGCUUAAAGAUGCUACUAAUAGAACUAUUUGGUCGACAUCAAGCAAUGAUUUCAAAGACCCUUCUGUGACAUUGAGGCACCUUAGGAUGGAUUAUGAUGGUAACUUGAGGAUAUAUUCAUGGGACCACGUGCUUCAUGAAUGGAAAAUUACAUGGCAAGCAGUUGGGAACCAAUGUGAUGUGUUUGGUUCUUGUGGUUUGUAUGGCUUUUGCAGAUUUAAAUCAACGGGACCUGUCUGCGAUUGUCUUUACCAGGAUUCAUCAAACUGGGGAGCUUCCUCUGUUACAAUGGAUUCUGGUGGUUUAAAAUGCAAGAAGAUGGUGGAUUUGAGCAACUGCAAGAUGAAUACAAGCAUGGUGGACAUGAAGCAGUCAGUUUUAUAUGGGCUUUAUCCACCUCAAGAUGUUGCUAUGAUGCUAAAUGAGAAAGAUUGCAAAGGAUACUGCUCUAAUGACCCUACCUGCAUUGCAGCAACUUCAAAAAAUGAUGGUUCAGGUAUAUGUACCCUCAAACGAACUAGCUUUAUUAGUGGAUAUAGGAACCCUUCUAUUCCUGCUACUUCAUUCUUAAAAGUGUGUUUGGUCCCUCAGGCUGUUUUGACUCAACAAUCUGAUCCUUACUUUAACCCCAAGUCAAUCUUUUCACUGUCUAAAGGAUUCAUUGACCAUGAAGGUGACAACAAGAAGUUUGUUGGAGCUAUUGCUUUCAUAGUUUUGGUAACAGUCUCAAGUUUUCUAACGCUUGAGAUGUUUGUGUUUUGGUUUAUGUACCGUAGACAGAAAAUUAAGGCUCAGGCAAGAAUUCCCUUUAGCAAGGAUGAUCAGAUGAAUGCUCAUUACAGUGUACUUAUCAGGUUAUCUUUUAAGGAGAUAAAAGAGCUAACUGGCAAUUUUGCAGAUCAACUCGGCCCCACUAUUUAUAAGGGUGUACUUCCCAACAAAAGGCCAUUUAUUGCUAAGAAGGUGAAUGAUGCAAGUGUAAAUGAGAAGGAUUUCCGAAUGACAGUCUCUAUGUUAGGGGGAAUGCACCAUCGGAAUCUUGUGUCAUUAAACGGCUUCUGUUUUGAGGCAAGUCACAGGUUUUUAUUAUAUGAAUAUGUUCCCAAUGGCUCUCUGGAUAAUUGGCUGUUCAACAUGCAGCAAGUUCAGAAUGAUGGGAAUUGGCAGCAAAGGUUUGACAUUGCUCUUGGAGUUGCACGAGCCCUUGCUUAUUUGCACUCAGAGUGUCAGGUAUGUGUAGCUCAUGGGAACUUGAAGCUCGAAAAUGUAUUGCUUGAUGAGAAGUUGGUCCCUAAGCUCACUGAUUUUGGACUUAGAAGCUUACUCCAAAAGGAGGCAGCUUCCUCCUCAGAGUCGACAUCAGAGAUAGAUAUCUACAUGUUUGGGGAGAUGCUGUUGCAAAUUGUGACAUGUAAAAGAGAUAUUUCGAGUGACAGCCUGCAACGUUUAGCUGACAGUAUGAAUGAAAAACUGAACUUGGAGGAUUGCAUGGAUUCUGAAGGAAUGGCAAGAGUAACAAGGAUAGCUUUGUGGUGUAUGCAAAAUCAACCAUUUCGACGACCUUCUAUUGUUGAAGUGGUUAAGGUAUUAGAAGGUGCUCUUUCUGUAGAUACACCUCCAUUCCCUUUUGCUGUUAGACAAUAUCAGAUGGAUGAAGCUGUUUUAACUGAGGUUCAAGGAGAGUCCCAGACUAAAGAUAACUUUGAUUAG